AUGGAUCACUCUUCAUUCAGCGGCGCACCCCGCUUCCUGACCAGGCCUAAGGCCUUUGUGGUGUCGGUGGGCAAGGAUGCCACUCUGAGCUGCCAGAUCGUGGGCAAUCCCACGCCGCAGGUGAGCUGGGAGAAGGAUCGGCAGCCGGUGGAGGCGGGCGCUCGCUUCCGCCUGGCCCAGGACGGCGACCUAUACUGCCUCACCAUCCUGGACCUGGCACUUGGUGACAGCGGACAGUACGUGUGCCGCGCACGCAACGCCAUCGGCGAAGCCUUCGCGGCCGUGGGCCUGCAGGUGAACGCUGAGGCCGCGUGCGCGGAGCAGGCACCCCACUUCUUGCUGCGGCCCACGUCUAUCCGCGUACACGAGGGAGCUGAGGCCACUUUCCGCUGCCGCGUGCGCGGCUCGCCGCCCAUGGCCGUGAGCUGGGCCAAGGACGGGCGGCGCCUGGGCUCGCCAGACGGCCCCCGAGUGAGCGUGGAGGCCAGCGGUGAGGCGAGCGCACUGCGCAUCCAGGCUGCGCGACCGCGCGACGGCGGUACCUACACGGUGCGCGCCGAGAACCCGCUGGGCAGCGCCAGCGCAGCCGCCGCGCUCACUGUGGACACUGAUGCUGACGCGGCAGGCCCACCUGGGACUUCCACCGCAGCGCUGCUGGCGCACCUGCAGCGGCGGCGCGAAGCCAUGCGAGUGGAGGGCGCCCCCGCCUCGCCGCCUGGCACCGGCACGCGCACCUGCACCGUGACUGAAGGCAAGCACGCACGCCUCAGCUGCUACGUGACUGGCGAGCCCAAGCCCGAGACCGUGUGGAAGAAGGACGGGCAGCUGGUGGUCGAGGGUCGGCGGCACGUGGUGUACGAGGACGCUCAGGAGAACUUUGUACUUAAGAUCCUCUUCUGCAAGCAGUCGGACCGCGGCCUCUAUACCUGCACGGCGUCCAACCUUGUGGGCCAGACCUAUAGCUCGGUGCUGGUCGUCGUGCGAGAGCCCGCGGUGCCCUUCAAGAAGCGGCUGCAGGACCUGGAGGUGCAGGAGAAAGAGUCGGCCACGUUCCAAUGCGAGGUGCCGCUGCCGACCGCGGAGGCCGCGUGGUACAAAGAAGAGACGCGGCUGUGGGCCAGCUCCAAGUACGCCAUAGAGGAGGCGGGCACGGAGCGCCGGCUGACAGUGCACAAUGUCUCGGCCGACGACGACGCCGUGUACAUCUGCGAGAUGGCCGAGGGCAGCCGCACGGUGGCCGAGCUCGCGGUGCGAGGCAACCUAAUCCGAAAGCUCCCGAGGAAGACGGCGGUGCGAGUGGGAGACACUGCCAUGUUCUACGUAGAGCUGGCCAGGCCCGAGGAACCCGUGCGCUGGCUGCGGAACCACGAGGAGGUGGUGGCUGGUGGCCGCGUGGCCAUCACCACUGAAGGCACGUGCCACACACUGACCAUCUCCCAGUGCAGCCUGGAGGACGUGGGCGAGGUGGCCUUCGUGGCUGGGGACUGCCGGACGUCCACCCAGUUCUUCGUGUCAGCCCCCAGAAAGCCGCCCCCGCAUGCUCCUGAGGCCCCUGUGGUGAAGGCUAGGACAGAGAGCUCCGUGACCCUCAGCUGGUCCCCCCCACCCCAUGGGGACCGUCCCGUUGCCAUUGAUGGCUACCUGGUGGAGAAGAAGCGACUGGGCACCCACACCUGGAGCCGGUGCCACGAGGCCGAGUGGGUUGCCACACCCAAGCUGACUGUGGCUGGUGUGGCCGAGGAGGGGGACUUCCAGUUCCGGGUGUCAGCUGUGAACAGCUUUGGCCAGAGCCAUUACCUUGAGUUUCCAGGGACUGUCCACCUGGUUCCUCAGCUGGCUGUGAAGACACCUCUGAAGGCAGUGGAGGCAGUGGAGGGCAGUGAGGUGACCUUCUCUGUGGACCUCACUUUGGCUUCGGCGGGCGAGUGGUUCCUGGACGGGCAGUCUCUGAAGGCCAGCAACGUGUACGUGAUCCGCCGAGAUGGCACCCGGCACACUGUCACCAUCCGCUCAGUGCCUGCCAGCCUGCACGGUGCUGAGCUCAAGUUUGUGGCCAAUGGCAUUGAGAGCAGCAUCCGCAUGGAGGUCCGAGCGGCCCCAGGGCUGACCACUAAGCGUCCAGCAGCAGUGCAGGAGGUGCUGGCCCGACUGCAUGAGGAGGCACAGCUCCUGGCUGAGCUAUCGGACCAGGCUGCAGCUGUGACGUGGCUCAAAGAUGGCCGGGCGCUGCCCCCAGGCCCCAAGUAUGAGGUGCAGGCUUUGGCGGGGCAGCAGGCACUUCUGGUACGGGACGUGGUUCGAGAUGAUGCUGGCCUGUAUGAGUGCAUCAGCCGUGGGGACCGCAUCGCCUACCAGCUGUCGGUCCAAGGACUCACACCCUUUCUGCACAAGGACUCUGCUGGUGGCUGUGUGGAUGCAGUGGCUGGGGGCCCAGCCCAGUUUGAGUGCGAGACUGCAGAGGACCACGUGUCAGUGCGCUGGUUCAAGGACGGCACAGAGCUCGACCGCUCCUGCCUGCGCUUCUCGCAGGAGAACAUGGGCACACGGCACCGACUAGUGGCUACCUCGGUCACCAGGCUGGACGAGGGCACCUACUCAUGCCGUGUGGGUGAACACUCUGUGGAUUUCCGGCUGCGUGUCUGCGAGCCCACAGCCGUGUUUGCCAAGGAGCAGCCAAUGCGUGGAGAGGUACAAGCUGAGGUGGGUUCCAGCACCACACUGAGCUGUGAGGUCGCCCAGGCGCAGACGGAGGUGACGUGGUACAAGGACGGCAAGAAGCUGCAUGGGAGCUCGAAGGUGCGCAUGGAGGCCAAGGGCUGUGCCCGGCAGCUGGUGCUGCAGCAGGCAGGGAAGGUGGACGGCGGAGAGUACAGCUGUGAGGCCGGGGGCCAGAGGGUCUCUUUCCACCUGGAUGUCACAGAGCCUGCCGCCGUGUUUGCCAAGGAACAGCCAUCACACAAGGAGGUACAGGCUGAAGUGGGGGCCAGCGCCACACUGAGCUGUGAGGUAGCCAAAGCCCAGACAGAAGUGACGUGGUACAAGGACGGCAAGAAGCUGAGUGGGAGCUCGAAGGUGCACAUGGAUGCCAAGGGCUGUGCCCGGCAGCUGGUGCUGCAGCAGGCGAGGAAGGCAGAUGGUGGGGAGUACAGCUGUGAGGCCGCGGGCCAGAGGGUCUCCUUCCACCUGAAUGUCACAGAGCCCACAGUGAUGUUUGCUAAGGAGCAGCAGACACACAGUAGGGUGCAGGCUGAGGUGGGAGCCAGCGCCAUGCUGAGCUGUGAGGUGGCCCAGACGCAGACGGAGGUAACGUGGUACAAGGACGGCAAGAAACUGAGUGGGAGCUCGAAGAUGCGCGUGGAGGCCAAGGGCUGCACCCGGCGCCUGGUGCUGCAGCAGACAGGGAAGGCAGACAGCGGGGAGUACAGCUGUGAGGCUGGGGGCCAGAGGGUCUCCUUCCACCUGGAUGUCACAGAACCCACAGUGAUGUUUGCUAAGGAGCAGCAGGCACGCAGCGAGGUGCAGGCUGAAGUGGGAGCGAGCGCCACACUGAGCUGUGAGGUGGCCCAGGCCCAGACAGAGGUGACAUGGUAUAAAGAUGGCAAGAAGCUGAGUGGGAGCUCGAAGGUGCGUGUGGAGGCCAAGGGCUGCGUCCGGCAGCUGGUGCUUCAGCAGGUGAAGAAGGCAGACGGCGGGGAGUACAGCUGCGAGGCCGGGGGCCAGAGGGUCUCCUUCCACCUGGAUGUCACAGAACCCACAGUGAUGUUUGCUAAGGAGCAGCAGGCACGCAGCGAGGUGCAGGCUGAAGUGGGAGCGAGCGCCACACUGAGCUGUGAGGUGGCCCAGGCCCAGACAGAGGUGACGUGGUACAAGGAUGGCAAGAAGCUGAGUGGGAGCUCGAAGGUGCGUGUGGAGACCAAGGGCUGCGUCCGGCGGCUGGUGCUGCAGCAGGCUGGGAAGGCGGACGGCGGGGAGUACAGCUGCGAGGCCGGGGGCCAGAGGGUCUCUUUCCACCUGGAUGUCAGAGAGCCCAUGCUGGUGUUUGCCAAGGAGCAGCAGGCACGCAGUGAGGUGCAGGCUGAAGCGGGGGCCAGUGCCACGCUGAGCUGCGAGGUGGCCCAGGCGCAGACAGAGGUGACGUGGUACAAGGAUGGCAAGAAGCUGAGUGGGAGCUCGAAGGUGCGUGUGGAGGCCAAGGGCUGCGUCCGGCGGCUGGUGCUACAGCAGGCUGGGAAGGCAGACGGCGGAGAGUACAGCUGCGAGGCCGGGGGCCAGAGGGUCUCCUUCCACCUGGAUGUCACAGAGCCCAUGCUGGUGUUUGCCAAGGAGCAGCAGGCACACAGUGAGGUGCAUGCCAAGGUGGGGGCCAGUGCCACCCUGAACUGUGAGGUGGCCCAGGUGCAGACAAAGGUGACGUGGUACAAGGACGGCAAGAAGCUGAGUGGGAACUCGAAGGUGCACGUGGAGGCCAAGAGCUGCACCCGGAGGCUGGUGUUACAGCAGGUGGAGAAGGCGGACAGCGGGGAGUACAGCUGUGAGGCUGGGGGCCAGAGGGUCUCCUUCCACCUAGACGUCACAGAGCCCACGCUGGUGUUUGCCAAGGAGCAGCAGGCACGUAGCGAAGUGCAGGCUGAAGCAGGGGCCAGUGCCACGCUGAGCUGCGAGGUGGCCCAGGCGCAGACGGAGGUGACGUGGUACAAGAACGGCAAGAAGCUGAGUGGGAGCUCGAAGGUGCGUGUGGAGGCCAAGGGCUGCGUCCGGCGGCUGGUGCUGCAGCAGGCAGGGAAGGCGGACGCCGGGGAGUACAGCUGCGAGGCCGGGGGCCAGAGGGUCUCCUUCCGCCUGGAUGUCACAGAACCCACUCUGGUGUUUGCCAAGGAGCAGCAGGCACGCAGUGAGGUGCAGGCCGAGGCGGGGGCCAGUGCCACAUUGAACUGUGAGGUGGCCCAGGCGCAGACAGAGGUGACGUGGUACAAGGAUGGCAAGAAGCUGAGUGGGAGCUCGAAGGUGCACGUGGAGGCCAAGGGCUGCGUCCGGCGGCUGGUGCUGCAGCAGGCGGGGAAGGCAGAUGGCGGGGAGUACAGCUGCGAGGCCGGGGGCCAGAGGAUUUUCUUCCACCUGGACGUCACAGAGCCCACAGUGGUGUUUGCCAAAGAGCAGCAGGCACGCAGUGAGGUGCAGGCUGAGGCGGGAGCCAGUGCCACGCUGAGCUGCAAGGUGGCCCAGUCACAGACAGAGGUGACAUGGUACAAGGAUGGCAAGAAGUUGAGUGAGAGCUCGAAGGUACACAUGGAGACCAAUGGCUGCGUCCGGCGGCUGGUACUGCAGCAGGCGGGGAAGGCAGACGGCGGGGAGUACAGCUGCGAGGCCGGGGGCCAGAGGGUCUCCUUCCACCUGGAUGUCACAGAGCCCACAGUAGUGUUUGCCAAGGAGCAACAGACAUGCAGCGAAGUGCAGGCCGAGGUGGGGGCCAGUGCCACGUUGAGCUGCGAGGUGGCCCAGGCGCAGACAGAAGUGACGUGGUACAAGGACGGCAAGAAGCUGAGUGGGAGCUCGAAGGUGCGUGUGGAGGCCAAGGGCUGCACCCGGCGUCUGGUGCUGCAGCAGGCGGGGAAGGCAGACAGCGGGGAGUACAGCUGCGAGGCCGGGGGCCAGAGGGUCUCCUUCCACCUGGACGUCACAGAGCCCACAGUGGUGUUUGCCAAGGAGCAGCAGGCACACAGCGAGGUGCAGGCCGAGGCGGGGGCCAGCACCAUGCUGAGCUGCGAGAUGGCCCAGGCGCAGACGGAGGUGACGUGGUACAAGGACGGCAAGAAGCUGAGUGGGAGCUCGAAGGUGCGUGUGGAGGCCCAGGGCUGCACCCGGCGGCUGGUGCUGCAGCAGGCUGGGAAGGCGGACAGCGGGGAGUACAGCUGCGAGGCCGGAGGCCAGAAGGUCUCCUUCCGCCUGGACAUCACAGAGCCCGUAGUGGUGUUUGCCAAGGAGCAGCAGGCACGCAGUGAGGUGCAGGCUGAGGCGGGGGCCAGCGCUGUGCUGAGCUGUGAGGUGGCCCAGGCGCAGACAGAGGUGACGUGGUACAAGGAUGGCAAGAAGUUGAGUGGGAGCUCGAAGGUGCACGUGGAGGCCAAGGGCUGCACCCGGCAGCUGGUGCUGCAGCAGGCAGGGAAGGCGGACGGUGGGGAGUACAGCUGCGAGGCCGGGGGCCAGAGGGUCUCCUUCCGCCUAGAUGUCACAGAGUCUGAGCCCCCAGUGGUUGAGAGACCCAGCCGCAGGGAGCCUCUGAUAAUCCGGGAACAUGAUGACAUCGUCCUGACUGCCACACUGACCACACCCUCUGUGGCUGCGGUGACAUGGCUCAAGGAUGGUGUGGAGAUUCGCCGCAGCAAGCGGCAUGAGACAGCCAGCCUGGGGGAGGUGCACACCCUGACAGUGCACGGAGCGCAGACCCUGGACAGUGCGGUCUACAGCUGCCGUGUGGGCGCUGAAGGGCAGGACUUCCUGGUGCAGGUGGAAGAGGUGGCCGCCAAGUUCUGCCGGCCCCUGGAGCCGGUGAGCGGGGAGCUGGGCGGCACGGCGACUCUGGUCUGUGAGCUGAGCCCUGCGCAGGCAGAGGUGCUGUGGCGCUGCGGGAACACGCAGCUGCGGGCCGGCAAGCGCUUUCAGAUGGGUGCCUCGGGGACCCAGCGCUCGCUCACCGUGUCGGGCCUGCGAGCGGAGGAUGCAGGCGAGUACGUGUGCGAGAGCCGCGACGACCGCACCAGCGCCAGGCUCUCUGUCCAAGUACCCCGCGAGGUCAAGUUCACGUCGGGGCUGAGUGCCGUGGUUGCGGAGGAGGGCCGAGAGGCCACCUUCCAGUGCGUGGUGACCCCCAGCGACGCAGCAAUCACGUGGUUCCGGGAUGGCGUCCAGCUGCAGCCCAGCGAGAAGUUUCUCAUGUCGCAGAGCGGAGCCAGUCAUAGCCUGACUAUCUUGAGCCUGGUCUUGGAGGACGCUGGCCUGAUCACCGCGGAGGCUGAGGGCGUCACAUCCGUGGCUACCCUCCGAGUGCGAGAGGCUCCCAUCCUGUUUAAGAAGAAGUUGGAACCGCAGACUGUGGAGGAGUGGGGUUCAGUGACCUUGGAGGUAGAGCUGACGAGGCCCUGGCCGGAGGUUAAGUGGACACGAAAUGCUGUGGCACUGGCCCCUGGGGAGAAUGUGGCAAUCUAUGCAGAAGGCUCGAGUCACCGCUUGGUCCUCCGCAGUGUGGGUUUCUCAGACCGUGGCUUCUAUGGCUGUGAGACUCCAGAUGACAAAACACAGGCCAAGCUUACCGUGGAAAUGCGCCAGGUCCGGCUCGUGAGGGGCCUGCAGGCGGUAGAGGCACAGGAGCAGGGCUCAGCCACCAUGGAGGUGGAGCUGUCGCACACAGACGUGGAGGGCAGCUGGACACGGGAUGGCCUGCGGCUCCAGCCAGGGCCCACAUGCCACCUGGCUGUGCUUGGCCCCACCCACACUCUUACGCUGUCCAAGCUGCAGCCACAAGACAGCGGCCUCAUUGCCUUCAAGGCUGAGGGCGUGCACACGUCCGCUCGGCUAGUGGUUACAGAGCUGCCUGUGAGAUUCAGCCGGCUGCUGCAAGACGUGGUGGCCACGGAGAAGGACAAAGUGACCCUGGAGUGUGAAUUGUCACGCCCCAAUGUGGACGUGCGCUGGCUGAAGGAUGGCGUGGAGCUGCAGGUGGGCAAGACAGUGGGCAUGGUGACCCAGGGCUCCUGCCGGAGUCUCAUCAUUUACCGAUGUGCGCUUGAGGAUCAGGGUGUGUAUGUAUGUGACGCCCAGGAUGCUCAGACCUCGGCCUCCCUGAAGGUGCAAGGCCGCAACGUCCAGAUUGUGAGGCCCCUGGAGGACGUGGAGGUGAUGGAGAAGGAGGGCGCCACCUUCUCUUGUGAGGUCUCCCACGAAGAGGUGCCCGCCCAGUGGUUCCGGGAGGGCAGUAAGCUUCGGCCCAGUGACAAUGUGCGCAUCCGCCAGGAAGGAAGGACAUACACGCUCAUCUUCCGGAGGGUCCUGGUGGAAGAAGCAGGAGAAAUCCGAUUUGUAGCUGAAAAUGCAGAAUCACGAGCCCAGCUCCGAGUGAGAGAGCUGCCUGUGUCCAUCCUGCGCCCUCUGCGAGACAAGAUCGCCAUGGAGAAGCACCGAGGCAUACUAGAGUGCCAGAUGUCGCGGGCCAGCGCCCAGGUGCGGUGGUUCAAGGGUGGCAUGGAACUGCGGCCUGGGCCCAAGUACGAGAUGGUCAGCGAUGGCCUUUACCGCAAACUGGUCAUCAAUGACGUGCAGCCAGAGGAUGAAGACACUUAUACCUGUGAUGCGGGCAAUGUGAAGACCAGUGCCCAGUUCUUCGUAGAAGAGCAAUCCAUCACCAUCGUCCGGGGCCUGCAGGAUGUGACAGUGAUGGAGCCUGCCCCUGCUUGGUUUGAGUGCGAGACCUCCAUCCCGUCGGUUCGGCCGCCCAAGUGGCUGCUGGGGAAGACGGUGCUGCAGGCGGGGGCGAACGUAGGCGUGGAGCAGGAGGGCACGGUGCACAGGCUGAUGCUGCGGCGCACCUGUUCAACCAUGACCGGGCCGGUGCAUUUCACCAUUGGCAAGUCGCGCUCCACAGCGCAUCUGGUCGUCUCAGACAUUCCUGUCGUGCUCACGCGGCCGCUGGAGCCCAAGGCAGGGCGCGAGCUGCAGUCGGUGGUCCUGUCCUGUGACUUCAAGCCGUCCCCCAAGGCUGUGCAGUGGUACAAGGAGGACAAGCCUCUGGCGCCGUCUGACAAGUUCAAAAUGAGUCUGGAGGGCCACAUGGCGGAGCUGCGCGUCCUGAGACUCACGCCCGCCGACGCUGGCGUCUACCGGUGCCAGGCUGGCAGCGCCCAGAGCAGUGCCGAGGUCACCGUGGAAGCGCGGGAGGUGACGGUGACGCAGCCGCUGCAGGACGCAGAGGCUGUGGAGGAGAGCCGCGUCUGCUUCUCGUGCGAGCUGUCCCACGAGGACGAGGAGGUGGAGUGGUCGCUCAACGGGACACUCCUCUACAACGACAGCUUCCAUGAGAUUACCCACGAGGGUCGCCGCCACACCCUCGUGCUGAAGCGGGUCCAGCGGGCAGACGCCGGCACCAUUUGCGCCUCUUCCCUCAAGGUGUCAGCCUCGGCUCGCCUUGAGGUCAGAGCAAAGCCGGUGGUGUUUCUGAAGGCUCUGGACGAUGUGUCCGCGGAGGAGCGGGGCACUCUGGCCCUGCAGUGUGAGGUCUCCGACCCCCAGGCCGGUGUGGUAUGGCGCAAGGACGGCGUAGAGCUGGGCCCCAGCGACAAGUACAACUUCCUGCACACGGCGGGCACACGCGGGUUAGUGGUGCACGACCUGAGUCGGGACGACGCUGGCCUGUACACCUGCCAUCUGGGCACCGAGGAGACCCGUGCGCGCGUCAAUGUGCACGACCUGCAUGUGGGCAUCACCAAGAGGCUGAAGACAGUGGAGGUGCUGGAGGGUGAGGGCUGCAGCUUCGAGUGCGUCCUAUCCCACGAGGACACCGGUGAUACAGCCACGUGGAUGGUCAAUGGGAAGAUGGUGGGCAGCUCAGGCCGCUUCCGGGCCACGCGCCAGGGCCGCAAGUACACCCUGACUGUGCAAGAGGUGGUGCUGGCUGAUGCCGGGGAGGUGGUCUUCUCCAUGCGGGGCCUCACCUCCAAGGCCUCCCUUGUCGUCAGAGAGAGGCCGGUGGAUAUUAUGAAGCCUCUGGAGGACCAGAGAGCCACUUUAGGCGAAGAUGCAGUACUGAGCUGUGAGCUGUCACGGGCGGGCACUCUGGUGCGCUGGCUGAAGGAUGGGAAGGCCAUUCGCAAGAGUCAGAAGUACGACCUUCUCAGCGAGGGCACACGGGCCAUGCUGGUCAUCCAUGCGGCCUCGCUCAAGGAUUCCGGCGAGUACACGUGUGAGACAGAGGUUUCCAAGAGCACAGCCAGCCUCCAUGUGGAAGAACAGGCAAACCGGUUCACAGAAGAGCUAGCCGACCUGCAAGUGGAGGAGAAGGGCACGGCUGUGUUUACCUGCAAGACGGAGCGCCCCGUGGCCAUGGUGACCUGGCGCAAGGGCCUCUCAGAGCUGUGUGCCUCGAGGAAGCAUGCGCCCAGCCAGGAGGGUGUGACGUUGAGGCUCACCAUCAGUGCCCUGGAGAAGGCGGACAGUGACACCUAUACCUGCGACAUUGGCCAGGCGAGGUCCCAGGCGCGGCUCCUGGUACAAGGUCAAAGAAUACUCAUCUUGGAGGACCUGGGGGAUGCUGAGGUGCAGGAGGGCUCCUCAGCCACCUUCAGCUGCCGAGUGUCUCCUGCUGACUACGGGCCUGUCCACUGGUUCCUGGACAAGACACCCCUGUACGCGAACGAGUUCAAUGAGAUCGAGGCCCAGCCAGGUGGCUACCAUGUGCUCACCCUGCGGCAGCUCGCACUCAAGGACUCGGGCACUGUCCACUUUGAAGCGGGCAACCAGCGGUCCUCAGCCACCCUGCGGGUCACAGAGAAGCCAAGUGUCUUCUCCCUGGAGCUCACAGAUACCAUGGUCACGGAGGGGGAGGAUCUGACCCUGGUCUGUGAGACCACUGCCCCGGACAGCCCUGUGUACUGGACCAAGGAUGGGAAAGCUCUGCGGCCGUCGGCCCGGUGCCAACUGAGCCAUGAGGGCUGCCGGGCCCAGCUGGUCAUCAUUGGCACCACCCCGCAGGAUGGCGGGCGCUACAAGUGUGAGGCAGGGGGUUCCUGGAGCAGCUCCAUCGUCAGGGUCCAUGCGCGGCCAGUACGGUUCCGGGAGGGGCUGAAGGACAUGGAGGUGCUGGAGGGUGGUGCUGCCACUCUGCGCUGUGUGCUGUCAUCUGUGGUCACGCCUGUGGAGUGGCGCUGCGGGGAUGAGCUUCUGCGGCCAGGAGGCAAGUACAGCAUGCGGCAGGAGGGCGCCAGGCUGGAGCUGGUGGUUCGGGACUUGCGGCCACAGGACAGCGGGCAGUAUACCUGCUGCUAUGGGGACCAGAUGACCUCAGCCAUGCUCACCGUGAAGGCACUGCCUGCUGAGUUCAUAGGAAGAAUGAGAAGCAAAGAGGCCAUGGAAGGGGGCACGGUGACCCUGAGCUGUGAGCUCAGCAAGGCCGCCCCCGUGGAGUGGAGGAAGGGGCCCGAGACCCUUAGAGCUGGGGACAGAGUCAGCCUGAGGCAGGACGGGGCCGUGUGUGAGCUGGAGAUCCGGGGCCUGGCUGUGGCGGAUGCUGGGGAGUACUUGUGCGUGUGCGGGCAGGAGAGGACGUCGGCCACGCUGACUGUCCGGGCCCUGUCUGCUGAGUUCAUAGGAAGAUUAAGAAGCAAAGAGGCUAUGGAAGGGGCCACAGCCACACUGUGCUGUGAGCUGAACAAGGUGGCCCCCGUGGAGUGGAGGAAGGGGCCUGAGACCCUCAGAGCUGGGGACAGAAUCAGCCUGAGGCAGGAUGGGACCCUGUGUGAGCUGGAGAUCCAGGGCCUGGAUGUGGCGGACGCUGGGGAGUACUCGUGUGUAUGCGGGCAGGAGAGGACAUCGGCCACACUGACCGUCAAGAAGGGUAUUUCCGUCUCUGUCUGUGUCUCUUGCUCCCCUAUGGCUGUCAGCACCUGGCUGCGUGAGGCCUCCUCAAAUAAAGAGCCGAGAGCGAGGGCCUUCCUCACCGGGCCUGAAUCCAAAUCCACGAAAGUCCUGAGGCCUGUGAAGGCCACGGGAGGUACCCCAUCCAUGCUACACUGUGAGCUGAGUAGCUCCCCCACAGAGUGGUGGAAGGAACCUGAGACUCUCAGAGUUGGGAAAUCAGGAUGGGGACUGGCCACAGUGAGAUGUGGCUGGUGGCCUGCCCUGCCUGCCAAGUUCACUAAGGGCCUGAGGAAUGAGGAGGCCACAGAAGGAGCCACAACCUCGCUGCGUUGUGAGCUGAGCAAGGUGGUCCCUGUGAAGUGGAGGAAGGGGCCCGAGACCCUCAGAGCUGGGGACAGAGUCAGCCUGAGGCAGGACGGGGCAGUGUGUAAGCUAGAGAUCCGGGGCCUGGCCAUGGCAGAUGCCAGGGAGUAUUCGUGCGUGUGUGGGCUGGAGAGGAUGCUGGCCACGCUGACCGUCAAGGCCCUGCCCACCAAGUUCACAAAGGGCCUGAGGAAUGCGGAGGCCACGGAAGGGGCAACAACUAUGCGGCUCUAUGAGCUGAGCAAGGCGGCCCCUGUGGAGUGGAGGAAGGGGCCUGAGACCCUCAGAGCUGGGUAAAGAGUCAGCCUGAGGCAGGACGGGGCCGUGUGUGAGCUGGAGAUCCGGGGCCUGGCCGUGGCGGAUGCUGGGGAGUACUCGUGUGUGUGUGCACAGGAGAGGACGUCGGCCACGCUGACCGUCAGGGCCCUGCCUGCUGAGUUCAUAGGAAGAAUGAGAAGCAAAGAGGCCAUGGAAGGGGGCACGGUGACCCUGCGCUGUGAGCUGAGCAAGGCGGCCCCCGUGGAGUGGAGGAAGGGGCCCGAGACCCUCAGAGCUGGGGACAGAGUCAGCCUGAGGCAGGACGGGACCCUGUGUGAGCUGGAGAUCCGGGGCCUGGCCGUGGCGGAUGCUGGGGAGUACUCGUGCGUGUGCGGGCAGGAGAGGACGUCGGCCACGCUGACCGUCAGGGGUAAUGAUCAUGUGUGGCCAGGCAGAGCUGUGUUUUGGUUGUCCAUUAUUGACUUCAUGAAAAUUGCUGCAAUAAUUCUGCAUUCUCUCUCCAAGUCUGCCCCCGUGGAGUGGAAGAAGGGGCCCGAGACCCUCAGAGCUGGGGACAGGGUCAGCCUGAGGCAGGACGGGGCCGUGUGUGAGCUGGAGAUCCGGGGCCUGGCCGUGGCGGAUGCUGGGGAGUACUCGUGCGUGUGUGGGCAGGAGAGGACGUCGGCCACGCUGACCGUCAGGGGUAACGACCGCAUGUGGCCACAUGGACUUCCAGGCAGCUGGGGUGAAGCUGUGAGUCAUGCUAGACCUAGGCUCUCAGCAGGGCUGAGUGAGUCUGGAGAGGCCCAGCUCCUGGCUGAGUGUAGGGGCCAUCUCCUGUCUGGACAUGGGGGCCCAGCUCUUGCCUGGGUGUACGGAUUGUUUCCUGUCUAGACAUGGGGGCCCAGUCCAUGGUUGGGUGUGGCGGCCACCUCCUGCCUGGGAAUAGGGACUGACCCUGUGUCCCCUCUGCUCACCCACCCUGCAGCCCCACAGCUGGUAUUUCGGGAGCCCCUGCAGAACGUGCAGGCUGAGGAGGGUGCCUGGGCCAGCCUGCAGUGUGAGCUGUCAGAGCCCAGCACUGUGGUCUGGAGCAAGGGUGGCCUGGAGCUGCAGGCUGAUGGGCGGCGAGAGCUGCGGCAACAGGGAUGUUCAGUGGAGCUGGUGCUGCGGGACCUGCGCCGGGAGGAUGCCGGGGAGUACACAUGCACCUGUGGCUCCCAGGCCACCAGUGCUACCCUCAUCAUCACAGCUGCACCUGUGCACUUCAUCCGGGAGCUGCAGGCCCAGGAGGUAGACGAGGGCAUGACGGCCCGCCUGCGCUGUGAGCUGAGCCGAGCGGGUACCAGCGUGGAGUGGCGUAAGGGCUCGCUGCAACUCUUCCCUUGCGCCAAGUACCAGAUGGUGCAAGAGGGUGUGGCUGUGGAGCUGCUCGUGCUCGGUGUCGAGCAGGAAGAUGCUGGCCAUUAUACCUGUGACACGGGCCAUGCACAGAGCACGGCCAGCCUCUUGGUCCGCGCUCCCAGGCCGAUGUUCCAGACUGAGCUACAGGGCACAGAGCAGGAGGUGGGUGGUGUGGCCCGACUGUGCUGCCAGCUGAGCAAGGUGGAGCCCGGCGCCCCAGUGCAGUGGCUCAAGGAAGGUGUGGAGCUGCGCGCAGGCCCCAAGUAUGAGAUGCGUUAUCAGGGGGCCACAUGUGAGCUGCUGAUCCAUGGGCUUGAGGCCAAGGAUACAGGCGAGUACGCCUGCGUGGUGAGUGGCCAGAAAACCUUGGCCUCCGUCAAGGUCAGAGAACCUGAGGUGACCAUCGUGCGGGGCCUGGUCAGUGCCGAGGCGCAGGCUGAUGGGGAGGUGGAAUUCAGCUGCGAGGUGUCACAGGUGGGGACCAAGGAUGUGGAGUGGCGCCUCCAGGGCCUGCCGCUGCAGAACAACGAGGUCACAGAGGUGGCUGUGCGGGAUGGCCGCACCCACACACUGCGGCUGAAGAGCGUGACACCGGAGGACGCAGGCACUGUCUCCUUCCAUGUGGGCAUCCACAUGUCCUCUGCCCAGCUCACUGUCCGAGCCCCCGAGGUGACCAUCCUCGAGCCCCUGCAGGAUGUGCAGCUCAGCGAAGGCCAAGAUGCUCACUUCCGUUGUCGGCUGUCCAGAGCCUCCAGCCAGGAGGCCCGCUGGGCCCUGGGAGGGGUGCCGCUGCAGGCCAAUGAAAUGAACAACAUCACAGUGGAGCAGGGCACGCUCUACUUGCUCACUCUCCACAAGGUGACCCUCGAGGAUGCUGGAACUAUCAGCUUCCAAGUGGGCUCGUGUAGCUCAGAGGCCCAGCUGAAAGUCACAGCCAAGAACAUGGUGGUGCGGGGCCUGGAGAACGUGGAGGCGCCAGAGGGCGGUGAGGCGCUGUUCGAAUGCCAGUUGUCCCGACCUGAGGUGGCCGCCCACACCUGGCUGUUGGACGAUGAGCCAGUGCUCAGCUCCGAGAACGCCGAAGUGGUCUACUUCGAGAAUGGCCUGCGGCACCUGCUGCUGCUCAAAAACUUGCGGCCGCAGGACAGCUGCAGGGUGACCUUCCUGGCGGGGGACAUGGUGACGUCAGCGUUCCUCACUGUCAGAGGCUGGCGCCUGGAAGUCCUGGAGCCCCCGCAGGACGCAGCGGUGCGGGCUGGGGAGCCGGCUCAGUUCAGCUGCGCGCUCAGCGAGUCAGUGCCGGUAGGCGAGGCGAUCUGGUACAUCAACGGGGCGGCAGUGCUGCCGGACGACGCCGACUGGACGGUCACUGCCGACGGCAACCACCAUGCACUGCUGCUGCGCUGUGCCCGGCCACAACAUGCUGGCGAGGUCACCUUUGCGGCCCGCGAUGCGGUGGCCUCCGCGCGGCUCACCGUGCUGGGCCUCCCCGACCCCCCCGAGGAUGCCGAGGUGGUGGGACGCAGCGGCCGCUCAGUGACGCUGUCUUGGGUGGCGCCUACGAGCGACGGCGGCGGCGGCCUCUGCGGUUACCGGGUGGAGAUGAAGGCGGCGGCCACCGGCGAGUGGCAGCUGUGCCACGAGCUGGUGCCCGGGCCGGAGUGCGUUGUAGACGGUCUGGCCCCCGGGGAGACCUACCGUUUCCGCGUGGCAGCUGUGGGCCCCGCGGGAGCUGGCGAGCCAGUGCACCUGCCCCAGACCGUGAGGCUCGCAGAGCCCUUGGAGCUGGAGCCUGUGCCUCCUGCCCCUGAGAGCCGGCAGGUGUCUGCGGGUCAGGAUGUGCGUCUGGAGUGUGAGGUGGCAGAGGCGGGAGAGGUGGUCUGGCUGAAGGGGACAGAGCGCAUCCAGCCCAGCGGGCGCUUUCAGGUUCUCUGCCAGGGUCGGCGGCAGACACUGGUGAUCCGGGGCUUCUCCGCAGAGGACCAGGGCGAGUACCGCUGUGGCCCCACCAGGGACCCAGCCUCCACCACUGCCACUGCCUUCCAGGUGGUGCUGUUGCCAGGAUCCGGGACUGAGGCCCCAGCACAGCCCAGCCUGCCCCCUGAAGCGGCCCAGGAGGGUGACCUGCACCUGCUGUGGGAGGCCUUGGCCCGGAAACGCCGCAUGAGCCGUGAGCCCACAUUGGACUCCAUCAGUGAGCUGCCGGAGGAGGAUGGGCGCCUGCAAUGCUUGCGGCAGGAGACAGAGGAGGCAGCCCCUGAACUCUCUGAGGACUACUCCACGGCCGAUGAGCUGGCACGCACUGGCGAGGCCGACCUCUCACACACCAGCUCUGAUGAUGAGUCCAGGGCGGGCACUCCUUCACUGGUCACCUACCUUAAGAAGGCUGGUAGGCCCAGCAGCUCUCCCUUGGUCAGCAAGAUCGAGGCCCCAGCAGUCCCUUCUGGGAAGCCACAGAAGGAGCAGGAGCAGCCAGCCACAGCUUGCCCACCACUGGGAGACCUGGCUGACCCGUCCCUGGACAAGGCAGCCAUGAAGAUCCAGGCUGCCUUCAAGGGCUACAAGGUGCGGAAGGAGAUGAGGCAGCAAGAGGGACCUGUGUUCCGCCGCACAUUUGCAGACACCGAGGCACAGAUGGGGGAUGUCCUGCUUCUGGAGUGUGUGGUGUCCAGCAAGGCAGAUGUGCGAGCCUGCUGGCUGAAGGAUGGUGUGGAGCUGACUGAUGGCCGGCACCACCACAUUGACCAGCUUGGGGACGGCACCUGCUCUCUGCUGGUCACUGGCCUGGGCCACGCAGACGCCGGUUGCUAUACCUGUCAGGUGAGCAGCAAGUUUGGCCACGUGGCCCACAGUGCCCAUGUGGUGGUCAGUGGGACAGAGAGUGAGGCUGAGAGCUCCUCUAGCAGUGAACUGGAUGAUGCCUUCCGCCGAGCAGCCCGGCGGCUGCACCGCCUCUUCCGCACCAAGGGCCCGGCUGAGGUUUCGGACGAGGAGAUCUUUCUCAGUGCAGACGAGGGCUCGGCGGAGCCUGAGGAGCCUGCAGACUGGCAGACGUACCGUGAGGACGAGCACCUGGUCUGCAUCCGCUUUGAGGCACUGGCCGAAGCCCGCCAGGCAGCCACCCGCUUCCAGGAGAUGUUUGGCAUGCUGGGCAUCGGGGUAAACAUCAGCCUGUCAGAGCAGGGACCACGGGGGGUGGAGAUGCGCAUCGCCAAGGUGGCCCUCGCCCCCGCAGCGCCUCUGGAGCUAGUGCCCAGCUUGCUGACAGCAGAGGCUGCCCCAGUAUUCCUGACUGAGCUGCAGAAUCAGGAAGUGCAGGAUGGGUACCCUGUGAGCUUUGACUGUGUGGUGAUGGGCCAGCCCAUGCCCAGUGUGCGCUGGUUCAAGGAUGGGAGGGUGCUGGAGGAGGAUGACCAUUACAUGAUCAGCGACGACCAGCAAGGUGGCCACCAGCUCAUCAUCACGGCCGUGGUCCCAGCAGACAUGGGUGUCUACCGCUGUCUGGCUGAGAACAGCAUGGGUGUGUCCUCUACCAAGGCUGAGCUCCGUGUUGACCUGACCAGCACCGACUACGACACUGCCGCAGAUGCCACGGAGUCCUCGUCUUACUUCAGCGCUCAAGGCUACUUGUCCAGCCGUGAGCAGGAGGGUGCAGAGUCCACAUCAGAGGAGGGGCAGCUGCCCCAGGUGGUAGAGGAGCUGAAAGACCUCCAGGUGGCCCCUGGCACACGCUUGGCCAAGUUCCAGCUCAAGGUGAAAGGCUACCCGGCGCCCCGCCUGUACUGGUUCAAAGAUGGGCAGCCUCUGGCUGCUUCUGCUCACAUCCGCAUGGUGGACAAGAAGACGCUGCACACCCUGGAAGUCCUAUCAGUCACCAGCGAGGAUGCUGGUCAAUACUCGGCCUAUGUUAGCAAUGCCAUGGGCGCUGCCUACUCGUCUGCCUGGCUGCUGGUCCGAGGUCCUAAUGACCCAGAAGAGAAGCCGGCAGCAGAUGUACAGCAGCAGCUGGUGCCACCCCGAUUCUUGGAGAAGUUCACCUCCAAGAAGGUGAAGAAGGGCUCCAGUAUCACUUUCUCUGUGAAGGUUGAAGGUCUCCCAGCCCCAGCUGUGCACUGGUUGCGGGAAGAAGCAGAGAGGGUGUUGUGGAUCUUCCAGGACACACCAGGCUACACGGUGGCCAGCUCAGCUCAGCAGCACAGCCUGGUCCUGCUGGACGUGGGCCAACAGCACCAGGGCACCUAUACCUGCAUUGCUUCUAAUGCUGCUGGCCAGGCCCUCUGCUCUGCCAGCCUGCAUGUCUCUGGCAUGCCCAAGGAGGUGGGAACAGCAGGGAUGCAGGCCGGGAUAAAGGAGUCCCUCAUCUCCACCUUCCUGCAGGGGACCCAAGCCAUCUCUGCACAGAUAUCAGAACCUGUGGGUUUCGCUGAACUUGCCGGGCAGAAGAAAGAAGAUCCCCUGGCAUCUGAGGCCCGUGGCCACCUGUCCCUGGCUGAGGUGGGCACAGAGGAGUUCCUGCAGAAGCUGACCUCGCAGAUCACAGAGAUGGUGUCGGCCAAGAUCACACAGGCCAAGCUGCAGGUGCCCGGAGGUGACAGUGACGAGGAGUCUAAGACCCCAUCUGCAUCCCCCCGGCACGGCCGCUCACGCCCCUCCUCCAGCGUCCAGGAGUCAUCCUCAGAGUCGGAGGACGGGGACUCCCGGGGAGAGAUCUUUGACAUCUACGUGGUCACAGCUGACUAUCUUCCUCUGGGGGCUGAGCAAGAUGCCAUCUCACUGCGGGAGGGCCAGUACGUGGAAGUACUGGACUCGGCCCACCCACUUCGCUGGCUUGUGCGCACUAAGCCCACCAAGUCCAGCCCCUCACGGCAGGGCUGGGUGUCCCCUGCCUACCUGGAUAGGCGGCUCAAGCUAUCGCCUGAGUGGGGUUCCACCGAGGCUCCUGAGUUCCCUGGGGAGGCUGUGUCUGAGGACGAGUAUAAGGCGCGGCUGAGCUCUGUCAUCCAGGAGCUGCUGAGCUCUGAGCAGACCUUCGUGGACAACCUGCAGUUCCUGCAGAGCCACCACAUGCAGCACCUAGACCGCUGCCCCUAUGUGCCCACUGCUGUGGCCAGUCAGAAGGCCAUCAUCUUCCGCAACAUACAGGAUCUCAGCCACUUCCACAGCAGCUUUCUGCAGGAACUACAGAGCUGUGACACAGAUGACGAUGUGGCCAUGUGCUUUAUCAAGAACCAGGAGGCCUUUGAGAAGUAUCUGGAGUUCCUGGUGGGCCGAGUGCAGGCUGAGUCAGUGGUGGUCAGCACAGCUGUGCAGGAGUUCUACAAGAAAUAUGCAGAAGAGAUACUGUCAGCCGCCAAUCCCUCACAGCCACCCCCGCCGCCGCUGCAGCACUUCUUGGAGCAGCCAGUGCAGCGGGUCCAGCAGUAUCAGGCCCUGCUCAAGGAGCUGAUCCGCAACAAGGCACGGAACCAGCAGAACUGCGCGCUGCUGGAGCAGGCCUACGCGGUAGUGUCGGCCCUGCCGCAGCGCGCUGAGAACCAGCUGCAUGUGUCGCUCAUGGAGAACUACCCGGGCACCCUGGAGGCCCUGGGCGAGCCCAUCCGCCAGGGUCACUUCAUCGUCUGGGAGGGGGCACCAGGUGCGAGGAUGCCCUGGAAGGGCCACCACCGCCACGUCUUCCUUUUCCGCCACCACCUGGUGGUCUGCAAGCCCAGGAGGGACUCGCGCACUGACACUUUCAGCUACGUGUUCCGGAACAUGAUGAAGCUGAGCAGCAUCGACCUGAACGAGCAGGUGGAGGGGGACGACCGCGCCUUUGAGGUGUGGCACGAGCGAGAGGACUCAGUGCGCAAGUACCUGCUGCAGGCGCGGACUGUCAUCACCAAGAACGCCUGGGUGAAGGAGAUCAGCAGCAUCCAACAGCGCCUGGCCCUGACCGUCUGGCGAGCCCCAGAUUUUGAGGAAGAACUGGCUGACUGCACAGCUGAGCUGGGUGAAACAGUCAAGCUGGCCUGCCGUGUGACAGGCACGCCGAAGCCCAUUGUCAGCUGGUAUAAAGAUGGGAAGCCAGUAGAGGUGGACCCUCACCACAUCCUCAUAGAAGAUCCUGAUGGCUCGUGCACCCUUAUCCUGGACAACCUGACGGGUGUUGACUCCGGCCAGUACAUGUGCUUUGCAGCCAGUGCUGCAGGCAAUGCCAGCACCCUGGGCAAAAUCCUGGUGCAGGUCCCACCACGGUUUGUGAACAAGGUCCGGGCAGUACCUUUUGUGGAGGGAGAGGAUGCCCAGAUCACCUGCACCAUUGAAGGUGCCCCACACCCUCAGAUCAGGUGGUACAAGGAUGGGACCUUGCUGACUCCUGGUGGCAAGUACCGGACCCUGAGUGAGCCACGCAGUGGACUGCUGGUGCUGGAGAUCCAGGCGGCCAGCAAGGAGGACUUGGGCCACUAUGAAUGCGAGUUGGUAAACCGGCUGGGCUCAACACGGGGUGGCACAGAGCUUUCCCUGCAGAGCCCGGCGCUGCGGGCCCAGGAACAGCGCCGCCGAGAGCAUAUUGCUGUGCUGGAAGACACCACCCUGGAGCGAGUGGACCAGGAGAUCAUGUCUGUCCAGGCAAUGGUGGGCCCUGAGGCUCCAGGACCUGCAGGGGACCAAGCCAGCCCUGGCCCUAGGGGACCACUCACACUCCAGGAGGCCAGCCCCCAGCCUCCAGGCACUGAGGUGGUGGAGGAAUCAGCCGAGCCCCAGAAGAUGCCUCAGCCCCUCCCCUAUGUGGGCCCUGAGCAGAACUCAGGGUCCCCCGCGGAGGCUCAGGGACGCGUCGUGCCCAUCCGGGUGGAGGGUGUGGCCUGGCCAGGGACCGGUGCCACCACCGAGUUCUGGGAUAUCCAAAGCCACGUGUUCAUGGAGACCACGCACCGGACAUAUGUAUACCAGGCCAGCGACUCUGGCACCACAAGGCCACCAACCAUGCAGGUAACCAUUGAGGACGUGCAAGCACAGAGGGGCAGCACGGCUCAGUUCCAAGCAGUCAUCGAGGGCAAUCCGCAGCCCAUGGUGACCUGGUACAAGGACAGCGUUCAGCUGGUAGACAGCACUCGGCUAAGUCAGAAGCAGGAAGGUACCACCUACUCUCUGGUGCUGAGGAAUGUGGCCCAGCAUGAUGCCGGCAUCUACACCUGCCUAGCCCAAAACGCUGGUGGCCAGGUGCUGUGCAAAGCGGAGCUGCUGGUGCAUGGGGAGGAUGGCGAGCCAGACUCGGAGAAGCAAAGCUAUCGGAGGAAAUUGCACUCCUUCUAUGACGUCAAGGAGGAGAUUGGGAGGGGUGUGUUUGGCUUCGUGAAGAGGGUGCAGCACAAGGGCAAUCAGAUGUACUGCGCUGCCAAGUUCAUCCCUCUUCGGAGCAGGACGUGUGCCCAGGCAUACCGCGAGCGUGACAUAUUGGCUACGCUGAGCCACCCGCUGGUCACUGCGCUGCUAGACCAGUUUGAGACUCACAAGACCCUCAUCCUCAUUCUGGAGUUGUGCUCAUCAGAGGAGCUCCUGGACCGUCUGUUCAAGAAGAGCGUGGUGACAGAGGCCGAGGUCAAGAUCUACAUCCAGCAGCUGGUGGAGGGACUGCACUACCUGCACAGCCAUGGAAUCCUCCACCUGGACAUAAAGCCCUCCAACAUCCUGAUGGUACAUCCUGCUCGAGAAGACAUUAAAAUCUGCGACUUUGGCUUUGCCCAAAAAAUCACCUCAGCAGAGCCACAGUACAGCAAGUACGGGUCUCCUGAGUUUGUGUCCCCUGAGGUCAUUGAGCAGACCCCUGUGAGCGAGGCCUCCGACAUCUGGGCCAUGGGGGUCAUCUCCUACCUCAGCCUGACCUGCUCAUCCCCGUUUGCGGGUGAGAGUGACCGUGCAACCCUCCUGAACGUGCUGGAGGGGCGGCUGUCCUGGAGCAGCCCGGCGGCUGUCCACCUUAGCCAGGACGCCCAGGACUUUAUCAAGGCCACCCUGCAGAGGGCCCCGCAGGUCCGUCCCAGCGCAGCCCAGUGCCUCACCCACCCCUGGUUCCUGAAUUCCGUGCCUGCGGAGGAGGCCCACUUCAUCAACACCAAGCAGCUCAAGUUCCUCCUGGCCAGAAGCCGCUGGCAGCGCUCCCUAAUGAGCUACAAGUCCAUCCUGGUGAUGCGCUCCAUCCCAGAGCUGCUCCAGGGCCCGCCCGACAGCCCAUCCCUUGGAGUGGCCAGGCACCUGCGUGGUGACACCAGCUCCUCGUCCAGCAGCUCCUCCUCUGACAACGAGCUCACAUCCUUUGCUCGGGCCAAGUCUCUGCCGCCCUCCCCAGUGACCCACUCCCCGCUACUGCACCCGCGGGGCUUCCUGCGGCCAUCCGCCAGCCUGCCCGAGGAGGCUGAGGGCUGUCCACCAGUUGAGGCCAUACCUCUCCCCGCAUCGUCACAGGGUACAGAGCUACCAGCCUCCCCAGGCUGUGUGCCCCGGCAGAGUAUCAUCCGCAGCCUGUUCUACCAGCAGGCGGGCGAGGGCCCGGAGCACGGGGGCCUGGCUACAGGCGGCAGGCGGUACCCGGCACGCCGGCGGCACCUGCUCAAGGGUGGCUACUACGCAUGCACCCUGCCAGGCCUGCGGGAGCCGCUGCUGGAACACCGCGUGCUGGAGGAAGAGGCUGCCUUGGAGGAGCAGGCUGCCCUGAAGGCCAAGGUGCCUUCCUUCGAAACUGCCCUGCGGCUACCUGGCACCAGUGCCUGUGGAGGCCCCAGCAGAAGCCGCUCCCUGGACCUCGACAAACCCUGUUCAGCCAGCCCCUCCACGGAGGCCUGCCAUGAGGGGAAGUGUCCUGUCUCAGCCUCCUUGUGUCUUCAGGCAGCCCCAGGGGAGUACACUCCCAGAGAAGUAGCAGGUGCCAUAGAGAUGGAGCAUCCAGAGGUGUCCUUCGGGAGGCCGAGACCAUUUCUAUCUACUGAUGGUGACUCUGGCCUUGCUAAGCAAGAGGGGUUGUCCCAGUACAGCUAUGGGGGGCAGCCAGUGCCUUUCUGUCAUCCUCAGCAGGAUCCUGCCCCCCAGGAAGGCUGUGCUUCCUCUAUGGCUGUUGCAUCCCAAAUUCCUGGUUCCUUCCCUCCAGGGCAUUGCCCAGAGGCCCUCUUGGCACCCCUGAGCUCCUUCCCUUCUACAGACCUCCAAGCUCCCCCCUCCCCAGCCCAAGCAAGCCCCCAGCCAGGCUCUAAGAAGGUGCUGGAGGCUACCCCUCUCCCCAAGAGGCCUGGGCCCCCCAGCUCCCCAGGACCAGCCUCCCUAGCAGGUACAGAGCCCAGCCCCUUUCUAGAUGCUGAAAAUCUAGCUCAGGAGACAGAGGGCCCCUCUGAGUCUGCACGGCCUCAGGAGCAGGCAACUUCGCGGAAGUUCUCCCUAGGGCACAGAGGGGGCUAUGCAGGGGUGGCUGGCUAUGGUACCUUUGCCUUUGGUGGGGAUGCAGGAGGCAUGCUGGGGCAGGGGCCCCUGUGGGCCAGGAUGGCCUGGGCCACAUCUCAGUCCUUGGAGGAACAGGAUGAGGCAAGGGCCCAGAGCCCAACCCCCGAGGCCAGCACGGCACCUCUGCCAGAGGGCAGCAAGGUCCCCCUGAGGGCCUCCCCAGAGCUGAUCUCAUGGGAGGACUUUGGUGGGGGCUCCCAGGUGUCACUGGUACAGAUCCGGGAUCUGUCGGGAGAUACAGAGGCAGCUGACACUGUGUCCCUAGAUAUAUCAGAGGUGGAUCCUGCUUAUCUCAACCUGUCAGACCUGUACGACAUCAAAUACCUCCCCUUUGAGUUCAUGAUCUUCAGGAAGGUCCCUAAGCCAGAGCCGCCACCCUCCCCUGAGUCAGAGGCCGGGGAGGGGCUGGCUGAGCUCCCAGAGGCCCCGUGGCCCUGGCCAGACAUGCUGGGCGUGCCUGCUGGCCUGGAAAUCACUGAGGAGCCUGAGGACAUGGAAGCUCUGCUUGGGGAGGCAGGUGGCAGCAGGAAGCGCAAGUGGUCACCCCCUUCCAGGGGCCUCCUGAGCUUCGCAGGGAGGCGCACGCUGCUGGAGGAGCCCACGGAGCUGGGGCUGCGCCGGAGGGUGAGGGCCUCGGUGGCCCAUAUCUCCCGCCUCCUGAAGGGCAGGCUGGAAGGUCCAGAGAAAGAGGGACCCCCCAGGAAGAAGGCAGGCCUAGCUUCCUUCCGGCUGUUGGGCUUAAAGAGCAGAGACCAAGCGCCAUUCUUCCUAAGGGAGCUUGUUGACGAGACGGUGGUCCUGGGCCAGUCCGUGACUCUUGCCUGCCAGGUGUCGGCCCAGCCAGCUGCACAGGCCACUUGGAAUAAAGACGGGACCCUCCUGAAGGGCAGCGGCCGCCUCCUCAUCUCCUCCACACUCAAGAACUUCCACCUUCUAACCAUCCUGGUGGUGACCGCCGAAGACUUAGGCGUGUACACAUGCAGUGUGCACAACGCACUGGGCACUGCAGCUACCACGGCUGUCCUCCGAAAGGCCGAGCGUCCCUCGUCCUCCCCGCGACCAGACAUUGGGGAGGUAUAUGCAGAUGGGGUGCUGCUGGUCUGGAAGCCUGUGGAGUUCUACGGCCCCGUGACCUACAUUGUGCAGUGCAGCCUAGAAGGUGGCAGCUGGAGCACACUGGCCUCGGACAUCUUCGAUUGCUGCUACCUGGCCAACAAGCUUUCACGGGGUGGUGUGUACACCUUCCGGACAGCAUGCGUCAGCAAGGCAGGCAUGGGCCCCUACAGCAGUCCCUCGGAACAGGUCCUCCUGGGAGGACCCAGCCACUUGGCCUCUGAGGAGGAAAGCAGUCCAACACGACCCACCCAGCCCUUCCCCAGCUCCCAGACCUUCACCUUCCAGACCCAGAUCCGAAGGGGCCGCUUCAGUGUGGUGCGGCAGUGCUGGGAGAAGGCCAGCGGACGAGCGCUGGCUGCUAAGAUAAUCCCCUACCGCCUCGAGGACAGGAUGGCAGUGCUGCGCGAGUACGAGGCCCUCAAGGGCCUGCGCCACCCGCACCUGGCCCAGCUGCAGGCCGCCUAUCUCAGCCCACGGCACCUGGUCCUCAUUUUGGAGCUUUGCUCUGGGCCGGAGCUGCUUCCCUGCCUGGCCGAGCGGGCCUCCUACUCUGAAUCUGAGGUGAAGGAUUACCUGUGGCAGAUGCUGAGUGCCGCCCAGUACCUACAUGCGCAAGGCAUCUUGCACCUGGACCUCAGGUCCGAGAACAUGAUCGUCACUGAGUAUAACCUGCUCAAGGUGGUCGACUUGGGCAAUUCCCAGAGCCUCGCCCAGGAGAAAGUCCUGCCUGCGGAGAGGUUCAAGGACUAUGUGGAGACCAUGGCCCCGGAGCUCCUGGAGGGCCAGGGUGCUGUCCCACAGACAGACAUCUGGGCCAUCGGCGUAACAACGUUCAUCAUGCUGAGCGGCGAGUACCCGGUGAGCAGCGAGGGGACGCGCGACGUGCAGAAAGGCCUGCGCAAGGGGCUCAUCUUGCUAAGCCGCUGCUACGCUGGGCUGUCUGGGGGCGCCGUGGCCUUUCUUCAGAGCACGCUGUGCACAAACCCCUGGGGACGGCCGUGCGCGUCCAGCUGCCUGCAGUGCCCGUGGCUGACCGAGGAGGGCCCAGCCUGCUCUCAGCCCUCAGUUGUGACUUUCCCCACGGCGCGGCUGCGCGCCUUCAUGCAGGAGCGCGAGAAGAGGCGGGCGCUGCUAUACAAGAAGCACAACUUGGCACAAGUGCGCUGA